AUGAAGUCCGGUGUCCGUCUAUUAUUGCCAUUGGCACUGCUUUUUGCUGCCAUUGCCAUUGCAUCAGCGCGCAUACCUCGUGUCCUACCGCAGGCCGACGAGGGUGUUAUAGUGAGCGGGGAUUGCGAGUUUCGUGUAAAUGGAGAUCUCAAUGAUCCGGCGCCGCUGUUCGCCCGCUAUAAUUCCUACGAGAUUAUUGUACCAGAUCCCACGGAUACGGUGCGCCUACAAAAUGGUGAAUUGCUCGAUAUGUAUUGCACGAAUCCAGAUGGCUUCAAGGCGCCGUUCGAGCAGCGCAGUAGGGUGACCGCGCAGUGCCUCCAACAGAAGUAUUUUCUGGUGGAUGGGUUGAUCUAUCCGUUUGCCAACUUCAGCUGUGAGGCUUGGCCCACGUACACGGCUCGGCGUACGGGACGGGAGUGCAAUGGCGGCACCGAUCUGGUGGAGGUUGGCUUCGAGGUGGACGACGGUGGAUUCCUGCAAACCUAUGACGUGUGCCAUGAUGAAGUGGCUGAGGUUACUCGCUAUGUGCAUCAUGUACUGUAUCCGUCUAGCUUCGAUUACCAGCACGGUGUGGCACGGCCCAAUUUUUUGGAGCUAGACUUUUAUGGUGGCAAGGAUGUGAACACCAUGUACACGCAGGUGCAGCAGAACAUAACAAUCAGCGAAAUACUUGGUUUGGAUGCGUCGCCAUAUUUUAACUACACUGAGGACAGGAUACUUGCACGCGGUCAUAUGAUAGCGAAGACGGAUCAAAUCUUUGGCUCAACGCAAAUGUCCACGUUUCUGUUCAUCAAUGUGGCACCCCAAUGGCAGACGUUUAAUGGCGGAAACUGGGAGAAAGUAGAGACGAGCGUGCGCAAGUUUGUGGCUGAUCGCAAUCUAACCACAGACUGCUACACGGGCACCUGGGGUGUCUCGACCUUGCCAGAUGUUGAGGGCGUGCCAAAGGAGCUCUAUCUUAAUUUCGAUGAGAACAACAAUGGAUUGAUCCCAGUGCCUCGUUUGUAUUUCCGCAUCAUAAUAGAUCGGGCGAGCCGUGAAGGUGUUGUGCUAAUUGGCGUUAAUAAUCCAUAUGCCAGCUUAGAAGAAAUAAUGAGCGAUUAUGUGGUAUGUGAGGAUAUUGGUAAUCGGUUGAGUUGGGUCACCUGGGAAAAGGAAGAUCUGAAUGAGGGCUACUCGUACGCUUGUGCUGUGGAAGACUUCACAGCGGUUGUAAAGGAUUUGCCUUUGGAGGAUUUGCAGACAAGUGGAAUUCUGGGUCUUGACGAUCUCACAACAACGGAAGUGCCAACCACUGAGCAGUCUAGUUCCCCCACAACUGAGGAGCCCAGUACAACCACUGAACCACCAAGUUCAACUACUGAGGAGCCCAGUUCAACCACUGAAGAGCCCAGUUCAACCACUGAGGAGCCUAGUCCAACUACUGAGCAGCCCAGUUCAACUACUGAGCUACCCAGCUCGUCCACCACUGCAUCAACAACUCAGACUACUGAAGAGCCCAGUUCAACCACUGAAGAGCCCAGUUCAACUACUGAACUACCCAGCUCGUCCACCACUGCAUCAACAACUCACACUACUGAAGAGCCCAGUUCAACCACUGAAGAGCCCAGCUCAACCACUGUGCUACCCACUUCCCCCACCACUGCAUCACCAAGUCCAACUACUGAAGAACCCAUUUCAACUACCGAGGCGCCUAGUUCCCCCACCACUGCACCUGCGGGUCCAACCACUGAACCAGCACCGACUCCUACAUUACCCUCCCCUACAUCUCCAGAGCCGACACCCAACACCUGCUACUUUAACAUCAAUGGCGAUCUGAACGAUCCUGCACCACUCUUCACACCCGACGGUGCACUAAGCUGGCUGCUACCAGAUGAUAGUGGACGAUUUGUCCUGAACGAAGGUGAAUCCUUAGAACUUCACUGCACGGGUGCACUGAUUGCUCCAUUCAACAGAUUCACGGCAUUGACAGCGCAGUGUUUGGGUAAUCAGAGCUAUUUGGCCGAGGGUCUCGAAGUAGCGUUUAACAGGUUUAGCUGCCAGAGUUGGCCAACCUAUGUGGCGCUGCGCACGGGUCAAGAAUGCGCAGGUGGAACGGAAUUGGUGAACAUUGGCUUUGAUGUGGCCGCCGGCUUUUUGCCGCAUAUUGAGCUUUGCUUCGAUGAACUCACACAAAUUACUCGCUAUGUGCGCUACGAGCUGACCCCCGCCAAUGUGGCCUAUCAGCGGGACGUUUCACAGCCAGGCUUUCUGCGUGGCGACUUCUACUCGGGCAAGGAUGUGAAUUUGCUUUACGAACAGUCGCAUCAGCAGGAGAUUUUUAGCGAAACGUUGGGAGUAGAUGCUAGCAUUUACUUCGAUAGCAGUCGUGACUUAUAUCUGACACGUGGACAGUUGGCUCCGCGGCAGAACUUUGUGCACGGCUCGGCGCAACGAGCCACACAUUUCUAUGUAAAUGCGGUGCCGCAAUGGCGCAGCGUGAAUAUUGGAAACUGGCAGCGUAUUCAGCGUAGUGUGCGCGACUAUGUAGCUGAUCAGGGACUGAACGUAAGCGUACAUGCGGGCAGUUGGUCCAUUUCCACAUUGCCCAAUUCGGCAGGCGAAGAAACUCCACUCUAUUUAGACUAUUUGGACGAGGAAAAGCAGCAGGGUCGUCUACCAGUGCCGCGUUUAGUAUACAGCAUUAUUAUUGAUCAGGAAAGUCGCGCAGGUAUUGCCUUGGUCGUUGUCAAUAACCCUCAUGCCUCAUUGUCCAACAUAUUGGAAGAGUAUGUCGUAUGCGAGGAUGUGGGCGUCUACAUAGACUGGAUCGACUGGGAUAGGCUCAAUUUGCCUCUUGGCUAUUCAUACGCCUGUGAUGUGCAGGACUUUAUUAAAGUGGUACAGGAUUUGCCAGUAGAGCAGCUGCAUACCACGGGUCUAUUGGGUGUAAAUAAGCCAUCGGAGUCCGGCUGCAGCUUAAGUGUGAAUGGCGCCGACUUCAAUGACCCAGCGCCACUGUUCGUGGUGCGUGAAGGGGAAAGUGGUAAGGCCAACUUCGUAGAGCCCAAUGCCGAAGGCGUGGUGGAGCUGCUGCAUGGCGAGCGCUUAGAGCUGCACUGCACAGAUGCCUUUAUUGCGCCAUUCCAGGAACACCGUCAGCUGGAGGCCACUUGUGAAGGUACGCAACAAUUGAGAGUGUUAGGCAGUGUGUUUAGCUUCAGCGACUUUGUGUGCAGUGCCUGGCCAAAAUAUGCAGCUCGUCGCACCGGUCGUGAGUGUAAUGGCGGCACGGAUCUGGCCGAAGUCGGCUUUGAGCUGGCCACAAAAGACGAUUUCCUGCACCUCUUCGAUGCGUGCCAUGAUGAGAAUGUCGAGGUGACUCGCUAUGUGCAUCAUGUGCUAACGCCCUCCAGUGCACAGUACCAGCGUUCGGUGGGCCGUCCUACAUUCGUCACCGGCGACUUUUAUGAUGGCAAGGAUGUGAAUGGCAUGUAUACACAGGUUCAACAGCAACUGACCAUCGCUGAAAUUCUGGGAACAGAUGUAACCCCCUACUUCAACAUAAGUGGCAACGUGUAUUUGGCGCGUGGUCAUUUGGCAGCCAAAACAGACUUUAUCUUUGGUUCACCACAGCGGGCGACCUUCUUCUUUAUCAAUGCGGCUCCGCAAUGGCAAAACUUCAACGCUGGAAAUUGGGAGCGAGUCGAGGAUAGUGUGCGCAAAUAUGUGGCCAGUGAGGGUCUGACCGUAGACUGCUACACUGGCACCUGGGGCGUGUCGACGCUGCCUGAUGUAAAUGGUGUUCCGACGGAGCUAUACUUAAACUUUGAUAAAAACAAUAAUGGACUGAUACCAGUGCCCCGUCUCUACUAUCGCGUCAUAAUCGAUCGCGAGAGUCGCAAUGGGAUCGUGCUGAUUGGCGUUAACAAUCCCCAUAUCGAUGUGGAGGAAAUCAAGCGUGACUAUCUCAUCUGCGAAGAUAUUGGUGAUCAGUUGAGUUGGGUUAGCUGGACUAAGGACGAUCUGAACCGUGGCUAUUCAUAUGCCUGUACAGUCGACGACUUCACUGCUGUGGUGAAGGACUUGCCGCUGGAAGACCUGCAGGUGAAUGGGAUCCUAGGCGUUUGAUAACGUUCAUCAUACGCUAGUUUACAAGUUUACGUAACCAAUGUAAUUUAGUUUUCUUUGUUUUACGACUACCUCAUAAAUCUG